AUGGACUUCCAACUUUUACCUCUAAGCGAUAAUCUCCAAAGUUCGACGGUCAACUUAGGUGGCGUAGACUCGUAUUUAGAAGACGGAAUCCUGAAUAGCAAUGUCAGCAUUCAUCCCUAUUUCGAAUUUAAUGUUCCACGAAAUGUCACCACCGCUGUGGGUCAGACGGCCUUCCUUCACUGCAGGGUAGAGCAACUUGGAGAUAAAGCGGUAUCUUGGAUUCGGAAGAGGGAUCUCCAUAUCUUAACGGCAGGCAUUCUAACUUACACGUCGGACCAGAGGUUUCAAGUCAUCCGACCCGAUAAAUCCGACAACUGGACGUUGCAGAUUAAAUUUCCCCAGAUCCGAGACUCGGGCAUUUACGAGUGUCAAGUUAACACCGAACCGAAGAUGUCUUUGCCUUUCAGGCUAAACGUCGUAGAAGCAAAAGCCAGGAUUUUGGGACCUAGUGAUAUUCAUGUAAAAUCUGGUAGCUCCAUAACACUAACUUGCAUCAUUAAACAAGGACCGCAUGAUUUAGGAACGGUAUUCUGGUACAGAGGCGCUGAUAUAUUGGACGUAUCACCUCAUCCGAACGAAUUAGCAGGAAACGAUAGGAUUACAAUCCAGAACCACUGGACGGAUGGUCUGACAUCUCAAUUGCACAUUUCCAGUGCUACCAUUGCUGACUCCGGAAACUAUUCUUGCGUACCUACCAUUGCUGCACCAACCAGUGUCGACGUUCAUGUAAUUAACGAAGAGCACCCAGCGGCGAUGCAGCACGGCAACAAGAAUACAGCGUCUCUUUCACUCCAUUGCACCCUUGUAUAUAGUAUCACUGUCAUGGUAAUAAAAUUCUUAAGAUGAAA